GAACAAGGGUUUCCUACUGUCAAUAGCAUCCUACAUCUUCAUAAAGACAGAGACCCACCAUGUGUCCAUAACCCUUUGCAGCCUCUCCCUUUUGUACAUAUGAUCCUUUCUUAGAACCCUGGGUAGGAUGAUAGACCUUCAGAUGCUGAUAAAUUUGAUGUAGGGUGGAGGACUGGUUUUGACACAACUCAUGUUUUUUGUCACUUUCUGAUUUUUGUUUCAGUUCUAAUUCCUGCUAGUUAGUGUUUUCUGCUGAUGGAGUCUGACCUUGGUUGAGGGAAGUGUGUGUGUGUGUGUGUGUGUUUGUGUGUGUGUGAGCUAAGUUAAGCAUCCCUCUUGCCCACAUCCAAUGCUGUUUAUGAAUUUGGUGGCGGAAAUGAUGGAACCAGUCUUCUGCCCCAUCAUGGGAACUGUGUCUCACUUGGGGCUGGGCAUUCUGCUGCUGUGCCAUAAUCUGCCCUUUCUAGUUGAUCUUUGUUUUAAUCUUCCUGUCUUUGGGUUCAUCUACACUAGACAAAAAAGGUGCUGCCACCACCACUGAUGGUAGCAACACCUAAUGCCUACAAUGUAUCGAAAAUGCUUUGUGUCAUUAUACAAAUCACUCAGCUGUUAUAGAGUGAUUGAUACAGUGGGUUGCAUUGUGCCACUGUGGAGCAAGCCUUUAUGUCACCUUCAUAGUCUACACUAGUGAUCUGCUUGCGUGGACAAGAAAUCACAGCACUGCAGCUAUACUAGUGCUGCUGGCCCUCCCACCGCCAUCCUACAAUGCUGUGCUUCUCCUUUCAAUAACUGAUUUGUGCAACGAGCCCCAGCAACUGUAUCCCUAGCAUCACCCCCAACAUCUUCCCCAAGCUAAUGCCCUUUUGCCUAGGGUUCCACAAGAUUCUGGUUUCCUCGAAUCCUUUCCAGCAGGCCUGAUAGCAUUUGAGGUAUUUGUGAAGCUGUGCCUGGAGCAUGCUGGUCAUUUCCCCCCAGUUCCAGUAGGUGUGACAAUAGCUGGUCUCUGCUGGAAAAAAGUCAGCUAAAGUACACCAGCUUCUCUGAAUGCAUUAUUUUAAAAAAUCUGUUUGAAUAAAAUACCUUUAUAAACACAUCCAUUUAUUAAUAUUAAACUGGGCAAAACGGAAGCUGUUCUCCUGUAAAAUAAAAGUUAUAAACCACUAAUGCUGUAAAUAACACUAAAAAUGUUGUGGCGGGGUGAUGGGGCAAAGAGAGAAAGAAAAUAUUAUAUUUCAGCCUCGUAUGUUACCCUGGCCUGUCCAUGGCAUCCUCAUUGGGAGGUGCUUCAUCAGCAAUUUCCAAACACUUGAGGGAAAAACCGAAGAAGGAACAUUGGAAUGAAAUUGCUUUGAUUUUCCAACUAUCCUAAUGAGGCCAUACUGCCACCAAAUGAAAGAUGGAUCUUAGUUCACAUUCAGUGGCACUCCACCACCACUGAUUUCCCCUUAGCUCCCUGGGCUACUGGCCUAGCAGUGUGAGGGCAUAGUAUCUCAGGGCACAUGCACAGGUCCUUGGGUAGGACUGAAACAAUUCUUGGAACCCAACCAAUGCUGUUCCUUCGAACCAGAAACUCGGGAUUGGCUGGCAUAAUGGUAUAAAAGUGUGAUGGAACACUGAUCCUGGAAACUUAGCCAAAAUGCCCAGAAUACCGUUCAGAUCUUGUGAUAAUUUGCAGAUUUCCAAAAAGCCCCUUUUCUGGAGAACUGUGCUGAGAACUGAGAUAAGAGUCCCACAAUGCACUGGUGUGAUCAAGGAUGGAGGGAUGUAGAAAUGGCACAAACAUUUUUCUAUAAACUGAUUUGCAGUCUGCCUGUGCUGCACCUCUGCUAGGAGACACAGUCCAACCAAUGCUUGCAUGCACUCUUUAUCCCCAUGGCAGUGCAUUCCCUAACACUUUCAUUUAAUCAGUUCUGUGUAUCUUUUGCAGGGGAGAGUAGGGAGAAAGAUGGAGUUGGAUCCAUUUUAAUAGACUUGAUAAGGCUGCUGCUCUGUAGCACAGAGACUAAAAGCUUCUUACCCAUAGCUGUCUGCAAUUUAUCAAUAACUCACUCUCUGCAUUUCAGGAAAUUCAGCAGAAAUUUAAAUAAAACUAUAGAAACCUUGAAUUCUGAGUUCAGGCAGUGGAGGUUACUAACUGUAUCUUUUUGUAAUUUGUUUAUGCUUGUAUCAGGCAAAGAAAUCAAUUUAUAAUGGAAAGAAAAUAUUGUGCCUUGCUGACAGUGUUCAGCUAUGAGCAUAUCCAUCAGUGUUAAAACCAUAGAAUUGUGGCUACUCAUGGUGACAUAUUACUCCUAUGAAUUUUGGGCUUUUGCAAUGCAUUUUGGAGGUCAUGGCUACACAUCUGAAGUUUAGGAGGCUCACAGGUCUGACUCUAGUGCCCAAAUGAUGAAAUGUCUGAAUCUGGGCAGUCUUCUGCAGCUGCCACUCCAAGCACCACUGGGACAAAGUCCAACACACCAACCUCAUCUGUGCCCUCUGCUGCUGUCACACCCUUAAACGAGAGUCUGCAACCCGUCAGUGACUACAGUGGCACAGCCAAAAACAAUAAGAGGGCACGGGAAAAGCGGAACAGCAGGAACAUGGAAGUGCAGGUCACCCAGGAGAUGAGGAAUGUCAGCAUAGGAAUGGGUAGCAGUGAUGAGUGGUCUGAUGUUCAGGAUAUCAUAGACUCUACGCCAGAGCUGGACAUGUGCCAGGACCCCCGACUGGAGCACACUGGAAACAGCCCAACACAGGGGAUUGUGAACAAAGCUUUCGGCAUCAACACAGACUCUCUGUAUCAUGAACUUUCUACAGCAGGGUCGGAGGUCAUUGGGGAUGUGGAUGAAGGAGCAGAUCUGCUAGGGGAGUUCUCAGUGCGGGAUGAUUUCUUUGGAAUGGGCAAAGAAGUGGGGAAUCUGCUGUUGGAGAACUCACAACUUCUGGAGACCAAAAAUGCUUUGAAUGUUGUGAAGAAUGAUUUGAUUGCUAAGGUGGACCAGCUAUCUGGGGAGCAGGAGGUGCUGAAGGGAGAGCUUGAAGCAACAAAGCAGGCCAAAGCCAAGAUGGAGAACAGAGUCAAGGAACUGGAGGAGGAGCUUAAAAGAGUGAAAUCUGAAGUGAUCGUUGCCCAACGAGAACCCAAAGAAGAGGUGGAGGAUGUAAGCAGCUAUCUCUGUACAGAAUUGCAGUGCUCCUCCCCCCUGCAGGACAACAUUCCCAUAGCCCAGCGCCGCCGCUUUACCCGUGUAGAGAUGGCCCGUGUCCUGAUGGAGCGCAACCAGUACAAAGAGAGGCUAAUGGAGCUACAGGAAGCUGUCAGGUGGACAGAGAUGAUCAGAGCUUCCCGGGAGCACCCAUCUGUCCAGGAGAAGAAGAAGUCCACUAUUUGGCAAUUCUUUAGUCGCCUGUUCAGCUCUUCCUCCAGUCCCCCGCCUGCGAAGAGGAACUACCCAUCGAUGAACAUCCACUAUAAGUCUCCAACAGCAGCUGGGUUCAGUCAGCGCCGCAGCCAUACCAUGUGCCAGAUCUCUUCUGGCAGCCGCACCCUCGAAUUCUUCCCUGAAGAAUUGAGAAGUAACACUGUUGCUUCUCUCCUCAGUGACUGUACGUCAUCCACACGUCGCGAACAGAAGCGCGAGCAGUACCGCCAGGUCCGAGAGCAUGUGCGGAAUGAUGACGGUCGAUUACAGGCCUGUGGGUGGAGCCUUCCUGCCAAGUACAAGCAGCUGAGUCCCAAUGGUGGCCAGGAAGACACCCGCAUGAAAAAUGUCCCUGUGCCUGUGUACUGUCGCCCUCUAGUGGAGAAGGACCCCACCAUGAAGUUGUGGUGUGCAGCUGGAGUCAACCUGAUGGGGUGGAAGCCCUUUGAACAGGAUUCUGGGAAUGGACAGAAGUCAGAUCCUGGACGUGAUCCUCUCACCUGUGACCGGGAGGUGGAAGGAGAGAACACCAAGAGUAACCACACAUCUCCAGAAAAGAAAAAGGUAAAGGAGCUGCACGAGAUGGAUGCCACAUCCAGCCGAGUCUGGAUUCUCACGAGUACCCUCUCUACAAGUAAAGUCGUGAUCAUUGAUGCCAACCAGCCUGGCACAGUGGUGGAUCAGUUUACUGUCUGCAAUGCCCACGUACUCUGCAUUUCCAGCAUCCCUGCGGCUAGUGACAGUGACUAUCCUCCAGGCGAGAUCUUUCUGGAGGGAGACGUGAAUCCAGAAGAGUCAUCUGGAACAGAUGGAGUCCUUGCAGGAAUCACUCUGGUGGGUUGUGCAACCCGGUGCAACGUGCCACGCAGUAACUGUUCUUCUCGUGGAGACACCCCCGUGCUGGAUAAGGGACAGAGUGAGGUGGCUGCAGUCAGCAAUGGGAAGAUCUAUCAGUCCCAGUCCACGGAGGAGGCAACAGAAGCUACAGAAGUACCAGAGAGUGGUGCAAAUGAAACAGAACCAGCUCAAGUCCGGCCUGGUCCACUUACAGAGCAUAUCUUUACAGAGCCAGAUCCAGCUCAGGCACCUGUUAGACAGAACAGUGAGAACGGGCAGCAAAAGACAGAGUCGAGCACAACACUGCCAGAGCAGGAAGUGAACGGUGAUGCUGCUGGAACAGGCACCAGUGCUGCACCCACAAUGUGGCUUGGAGCACAGAAUGGCUGGCUGUAUGUGCACUCGGCAGUGUCCAACUGGAAGAAAUGUCUGCAUUCAAUAAAGCUGAAGGAUUCUGUGCUGAGCCUGGUGCACGUGAAAGGACGGGUUCUUGUUGCCCUGGCAGAUGGAACAUUAGCCAUAUUCCACCGAGGAGAAGAUGGUCAAUGGGAUCUCAGCAACUAUCACCUGAUGGACCUGGGUCACACCCACCAUUCCAUCCGCUGCAUGGCUGUCGUGUAUGAUAGAGUCUGGUGUGGCUAUAAGAACAAAGUCCAUGUCAUCCAGCCCAAGACAAUGCAGAUUGAGAAAUCCUUCGAUGCCCACCCACGCCGGGAGAGUCAGGUCCGGCAGCUGGCAUGGAUUGGAGAUGGGGUGUGGGUUUCCAUCCGCCUGGACUCCACACUGAGGCUGUAUCAUGCCCACACCCAUCAGCACCUCCAGGAUGUGGACAUAGAGCCUUAUGUCAGCAAGAUGCUAGGCACUGGAAAGCUGGGCUUCUCGUUUGUGCGAAUCACAGCCCUGCUUAUCGCUGGCAACCGCCUCUGGGUUGGGACAGGGAAUGGUGUCGUCAUCUCCAUCCCACUGACUGAGACCGUAGUCCUCCACCGAGGCCAACUCCUUGGGCUCCGGGCCAAUAAGACCUCCCCAACAUCAGGAGAGGGAAAUCGCCCUGGCGGAAUCAUUCACGUGUACGGUGAUGACAGCAGUGACAAAUCUGCCAGCAGUUUCAUCCCCUACUGCUCCAUGGCUCAGGCACAGCUCUGUUUCCAUGGCCACCGUGAUGCAGUCAAGUUCUUUGUCUCUGUUCCUGGUAACGUUCUCGCAACCCUGAAUGGGAGUGUGUUAGACAGCCCUUCUGAGAACCCUAGCACAGCAGCCACUGAGACUGAGGGGCAGAAACUGAAAAAUGUCCUGGUGCUGAGUGGAGGAGAAGGGUACAUCGAUUUUCGGAUUGGGGAUGGAGAAGAUGAUGAGACAGAGGAGAAUGCUGAAGAUACUGCCCAAGUGAAGCCAGUGCUUUCCAAGGCUGAGAGGAGCCAUAUUAUCGUCUGGCAAGUCUCAUACAUCCCUGAAUGAGAUUCUCUCCUUUCCUGCCAACAUAUCUCUCCCUCCUCCCGUCUGAAUGCCAAGAUGUACAUACAGAACACCUGCAUUACACCUACUGCUGGAAACUGAACCCCAGACAACUGCAACAGCUCCUGCAUCGGAUGGUGACCCCCAUUCUAACCUCUGAACUUGUAGCUUUCAUUUUGGGCCCGUGUGCUUUGAGUGGUUGGAUUACUGUUCUCCUUCUGAAGCUGGUGUCUACAAGGGGGGAAAAAAGGCAGAGAAUCUUCAGAGUGAAGCCCGGAGUUGGGAAUUGUGCAAAUAACUCUCUCCAAGAAGUAUGAGACAGAAGCCUGUCUUGGAAGGUUUAGCCCAGGUUGUCAGGAAGGUUGCCUCGCUGCCACCUGCAUGAGAAGCAGUGCAUCACCCUCAUGUCCUCCAAUGAAACGAGGCUAAUGAAUCACAACAGCCCAAAGAAAAUCUUUAUCCAGUUCACCAGGUGGAAUUCUCAUCCCAUCCCCUCUGCAUAGAUUGUCCCCAGGCACUGAAUCUUAUCCCAGGAUCUGAGAGCAGGCAGCACCAGGUUAAACCAGAAGUCUACAGAGAAGAGAGAACAGAGGUUUCAGGAAGCACUUCAGCUAUUUGGCCAUAGAGGGCCAAUGGUCUCAUGAAAAGGGGUAGAGUGUGGAACACAUGCUAAAACCAGAAAGCCCUCCCUACUCUGCUACUAUUUUUUGGCCAGUUGGUAACAUUAAAUAGUGCUGAGUGAGCGUGAAAUCAGGGAGGACUGUUUGCUUGGUAGAGUCAGAGGCAAAAAAGGGUGUUUGGUGUCAGGCCAGAGAGUGCUUGGACACUGCUGCCAUGAAAGUUUGCUGGGAUCUGGUUGAUUAGCAGAAGGAAGAGCCAGCACUAUUUUGUCUAUGUGGUAUUUUUGGAAGGGGAGGUAAAAAAUGCUUUGUUUCAUUAUUUUUAUGAGCCUUAAAAAUUUCAAGAGACAAGCUGUUGUUUAGUGAUAGUUGGUUUUAAAGAGUAGCCGGUGACAUAGCUUCUGUGUUAACCCAGCAAGGUUUUAUUGACUCAUGAAGAUGCAUUCCCAUCCUGGUGCUGAUUUUCUGCAGGGAGAAAUGCUCUGCUCUCAAAACAGAAGAGUGCUGGGGAAAAGAAAAGGCAGGAUGUUGAUUUUGUCUCACUUUCUCCCAAUACGUAACAGCAACCCAGUGAGAAUGCAAGUUCAGGUGUGUGUAUCCUAAGCCAUGGCACUCAGAUAGGAGGGCGCUUUGGGGUUAGCACAUCGCUACGGCGGGAUUUGUGUUACAUGGUUGCUCUCCUGCAGUUAAAUCAGUCUAUAAAAAGCUGGAAAGGGGACCUUAGCUCCAUCCUAUGCACAUAUCUCAAGUUUUUUUUACCUCACUCCUGCUUCUGACCCAUUGGUUAAAAGCCCUGAUGCCACAGUUUGCCUCCUGGCUCCUCACUGUUCUGGCCUUUUAAAUCCUUGAGCACAUGUGCACUGCCUCACUUGCUGGUUUUCUGGCUCAGUCAGUGUCUUUGUACUCUAGGAUCCCAGAUGACCUAGUGUACCCAUGUCUAUCUGCAGAACUUAUCUCCCCCCGUUACUGUAAUAUCUGAGUGCCUCACAAUGUGUAAUGGAUUUAUCCCUCACAUCAACCCUGUGAGGGAGGGAAGGGUUUUGCAGGUAGGGAUCUGAAGAACAGAAAGACUGACUUGCUCAAGGUCACACACAAAGUCUGUGGCAGAGCUGGUCUUCUGAAUCCCUAGCUAGUGUCAGCUCCCCUGUGUGGAUGCUGCUGGUAUGAACUAAAGGGUUCCUAGUUGCAUUAAUGUAAUCCUGUUUGAGGACUAUUCGUUAAUGUGAACUUUUACUUCACAACUUCAGCAUCCACACAGGGGAGUUAGUGCACUGCUAUUGUUACCCCCAUAGUCCAAAAUGCAGGGCAGUGAAGACAAAUCCCUACUUUCUCUUUAGCAGUAGCAAUGCUGCCAUUACUUUCGGGGUUUGGAUUGUGCAUGCGCAGCUGAGAGAUAAAUAUUAGCCACACAUCAGAGUGCUGGGAAGGCAACAGCACGUAUCUAGAGAACAGAGGCCCCAACAACCUAUUUAGGGGAAGACAGAGGCUUGGCGGUGCAUUGCAUUGGCUACGAUCAGUGUUACAUUACAUAGGCACUCGUACUACUCUCUGAAGACAGAGGUCGGGAGAGGAUUUGAAUCAAGUCCUCCAGCUGUGUACCUCUGUAAAGGGAUUCCAGAGAGGCCUGUUUGACCGUGUGACAUUUCUGAAUGAGUCCGGCUUUCAUUCUGCUGUGGCAUAUUCCAGAAUUGCUUUCUGGUAAGAUAAGUCACUUAGGGCUUUAGACAGCAAAUAAUUCACAACUUUUGAUAAUUAGUGUAAAUUAAAUUUCAGUAUUUGAGCUGAUUUUUAAAAAAAUGUAAUUGACCCCAAUUAUUAAGUUUAAUGAAAUAUACCAUGUGAUAAUUAUGAAACAUGGUAUGAGAUUUUUACCUGUUACCGUUUAUGUUCUAUAUCUGUUUUAUCAAAGUGACAGUACUUGGUCAUCUGUCUCCCACUGAAAUUUCAUGGCUACUUAAGAAAAUAGGUUCCAGAUCUCCUUAUCUCAGCAGGUUCAUUUGCAGUUUGAAGCAGAUUUUCUUUCAAGAAAAGCACACUUUCAAAAAGGGGCCAGUGACAGCUAAGUGAAGAGCCACUGCUGUCAUGUUCCUAUCAUCCUCAUUCGGUGACUACAGAGCAGCAAGGUGAAAGCUGAUUGGCUUAAAUACACUUCCCUAUCAUAUCUCCACUGUGAUGUAUGUAAAGUACCUUGUAUGUUAUAAAAGGAUUUUAAAAAGUGUCUUAAGGCCUGUAAACUCCGCUGUUUGGUCUAAAGAUGGCAUUCUGUAAAGAGACUGCUGUAUGAAUACUUUCCCAUGCUUUGUCCCUUAUGCUAUCAAACAAGUGAACCAUAUCUGUUCUGUAUGUAAUAAAUGUGUUAACAUCA